AUGUGCCUUUUUCAAGAAGACGCUGCCUCCUCAAUUUCGAAGUCCAAUGUGGAGAAAAUGAUCUUUGCUUUACAGAAAGCUAAAAGAAACAAUGACGCAAAGCCCGGCGAUAACCGGAGAGCCUUCGAAGAAGAAGGUAUUGAUUUACAUAAAACAAGCACUGCGUCAAAUUUUCUUCUUGCUUCUUCGGUUUCUAUUAAGGUCUCCUUCAAAGUUAUUAGAUCUCUUACACUUGAUGUUUUAAGUUCUGACACAAUUGGGAGUAUCAAAGACAAGAUCUACAGGAUUGAAGGGACUUCAGUCAACCAACAAGAGCUCUUUUUUGCUGGGAAUCAUCUAGAAGAUACCAAAGCACUGUCUAAUUACGUUGUUUCCACUGAUUCUGAUUCCACCAUAGAUGUUUGGGUAGAAGGAAGAAUGCCAAUUUCCAUAAAAAUCCCAUCAAUGGAGAAAACUUUACCUCUUAAUGUGAAGUAUGUGGAAACAGUUCAGAAACUGAAAGUCAUGAUUCAGGAUGAGGUGGGAAUUCCUUCAGAUCAGCAACUUCUUAUUUUUUGUGGCAAAACACUCAAAGAUGAUCAGUUAUUAAUUGCAUGUGGUAUCAUAAAGGAUUCUACAGUUUAUGUCAUGAUGAAUCCAUUAGCUGAGCUUCUCCUCUAUGUCCAAAUGGCUUGUGACAAGACCUUCAGUCUUGAAGUAAAGGCAGGAUAUACCAUUAGUGAUGUUAAGGUCAUUGUUGAGAGUUUAAGAGGAAUUUCUGCUAGUCAGAUGAAAGUUUUUCAUAAUGAAGUUGAACUUCAGGAUAGCUUUACCUUAUCAUUCUACAAAAUAAAGCACCAAUCUAUUUUACAUCUGCAAGCUCAAAUACAGAUAUUUCCCAAACUUCUAACUGGAAAGAUCAUAAGUAUCACAGCUGAAGCUAGCGAUACCAUUGCCAUUAUCAUCAGUAAGAUUGCAAGCAUGAUUGAUGUUAAAAGCAAUAAUUUGAGGCUCUCGUAUGCUAGACAGGUACUUGAUGAUCAGAAUCAGAAGACUCUUGCAUUCUAUGGUAUUAAUGGAGAAUCAACAAUCAUUAUACGUUUAAGGUUUCCAUGA